AAAUAUAGAUGAAUGUGUUACAGAGAAAUGACAAAUAUUUAUUACGAAUAAAUUGUUGAUGAAUGUGCACGUAUAAACCAUUACUUACUGAACAUUACAUUUACAUACACACUAUGCACAUGCGCGUUUCAGUAUAUUACGUUGAAAUUAUAUCUUCACUCUGUUUCAUUUGGAAUGGGCAUUUAAAUUGGUUAUGCCAUUCUUUCUCUUUCUAAAAGUAGUUUCCUUGUCAGAAUUCGCCUCUUGUUGAAUCCCUUUUUUUUGGCUACAUAUAUAUUGUAUGUAUGUGUACAUACUAUAUAAUAAGACAGACUGUAUAUAGCAUAUAUAUACACUGUGCAUUACGUGCGUGGUAAUUCGAUGUUUGGUUGAAUAAUGUGGAAGAGUGGCUAAAUUAGUGUUCUUGAAUGAAUGUCUAACUUUAGUCGUUAUAAAAGUAUAGUAAAUGUAAUUUUUAAUGGAAAGAACAGUAUUCAUACAAUAAAUGAAUAAUUUAUAUAAAAAAUAAUAUAUAUUGAUUUUCAUAUAAGAUGUUACAUGUAAAUUUGUUAACGAAAAUGUUCCAUUAUUCUGCACAUGGUGUAUCUAAAUCAGUGUUUUACUGUAUAGUUAAUAAUAAUAAAAUAAAUAUUAAUGCUGUACGAUUGUUUUACAACGAUAAAGAAAGUAUCAACCACUUCUUGCAAUAUCUACGUAAACGACAUAGUAUGAUGCAAAUGAAGUAUGAAGAUGAUGAAAGAAAAGCUGAAACUAAAACAUAUGAUGAAUCAACACCUAUAAAAUCUUUAUUAUUCUAUAAACCUAAUGCACCUGAGAUGCAUGAUUUCUUUACAUUUAAUUGGAAAUAUUGGUGGGAGCAUAAAAAACUGCAAUACAGAAAAAUAGCACAAAAAUAUAGAUAUGAUAAAAAUGAAGUAUUAGGUCCUGACAUAGCAACAGCUAAAUUUAUCUUAAUAUCUGGUGGUAGAGUGAAGUUUGCAAAUCAGAAUGAUUGGAUAGAUGCUACUAACAAAAAGGAAAUUUCCAAAAUUCCAACUGAUUAUCAACCAGAAUUUAUUUUAGAGGGAUUAGAUUUAAGAGGAUAUCCUCUCGAAUAUGAGAACCUUUAUACUAUAUGCAAUUUAUAUCACCUAAAAUGGCUUAGUUUAAGAGGUUGUGAUACAAUUAAUGAUUGGAGUAUAGAUAAAUUAGCUGCAGAAUAUCCAAACUUAGAAUAUCUUGAUAUAUCGGAAUGUAAAAAUGUAACAGAUAGAGGAUUACAGGCUUUAUAUAAAACACCUAAUUUGAAACAAUUAAUUGUAACAGAUUUCACUACAUCUGCAGCAUUCGAGUUAACUUGUUUACUAUUACAAGAUAUUAAUCCAUAUCUAAACUGUAAAAUUCUAAAACCAGAAAAGGAAUUAUUAUUAAACCAUGGCUAUUUGUAUAUUUUGUCUGCUGUAUAUAUGACUGAUGAAGUAGAAGGAAAAUCAUGGUGGGGCAGUACAAAUAACAGAGGUAGGGUCUCCCAGUUCAGUCAAGCUGCGCGAAACGACCCUAUUCUGUCGCCGAAUUGACUAUACAUAUAACCGUUGCUGAAAAGCAUUCAACUAUACCGUUUGCUCAGAGUUAACGCCUGCGCACAUAGUAUUUAUUAGUGCAAUGAGGGCGCGGUUGUCACCGAUCAAUCUCGGCUGCAUUUGUAUGUAUGCAGUUCAUCCUAAAACUUUGUGAGCGUAGUGUGCUUUACGUACGUACAUAUUGUGGUACUCUAAAACGUUCGUUGAAGUGCGAUAAUUUUCAGUUAAAUUUAUAUAAUUUGACGUAUAGAUUUCGCGCAAAAAGUGUUUUGAUACCUUAAUUCGAA